AUGGCUCAUCCUCAUUCCCCGAUGACUUCCACCUCGCCUGCGACCGCGAGGGCGACGACAACGGCGAACUCUGAGCCGCAGCACAGCGCCAAUGCCCGGCUGGCGGCCAAGACACCCGCCUGUCUGCCGUGUCGCUUGCGCAAGAUCAAGUGCAAUGGGGGCCAGCCUACGUGUAGCACUUGUCUCGCGGCCAACCGACCUUGCCAAUACGAUCAGAGUGGCCCGAAGCGCAGGUCGCCGCUGUCUUGCCUUUUCCCGGAGGGUGCCAGCACGGUUCCUGCCCAAUCCCUACGCCGCUCUACGCUGGCUGUGCGCCGUCCCCUUGAGCUGACCGCUUCUUCCUCGUUGUGCUGCUUCUACAGACACCGUGUGGAGGGGUCCCGCCGUGACCGCCAGGACAAGAAGAAGAGAGCCGUCGCUGCGGCCGCGGCGGCGCUCCAAAUACAUGCCGCAAAUCCCGAACCACAGCAGCCAAGGGUCCGCCGCCAGAGCAGCACAGCAGUCGAGGAGGAUGUGCCCAACGUCUUGCACUCGGCCGAGGACGUGCCCAGCAGCUUCCACGCGGCGGCUGCGGCGGCGUUGCAAACGCAGCAGGCAAACCAUCUCAGCCGCCAGGGCAACAUAGCAGCCGUAGAACGCAGGCCCAACGUUUUGCACUCGGCCGCCAUGUCCAGGCUUGCCCGCUCCCAGAGCUCGUCUUCCCCAGAGAUCUGGCUGCCUCCCCUCCGCGGCAGCCAUGACAGUCCUUACCCCUCCGAGUCUUGUGACACCCAAAGCACAAACUCUGCCGACUUCGACGUCAGCCCGCACGUCAUCCUCCAUGGCACCGGAGCUGUAGAGGUGCGCGGCCCAACCAACACCCUCUACGAGUCUCUUGGCAGCAGACAAGGUCUCCCCCGGCGGGGAAAGAUCCGCCGCUCCGACAGUGCCGAUGCCUAUUCCGCUGCCUCGUAUUUCCUCACUAGGAACGCGGCCGAGGAACGCGGUAGGGAGGUUAGUUAUCGCCAGACGCUGGUUGAGCGCGGCUACAUACACGAUGUCCCCGCCGAACUGGCCCUCCAUCUGCUCGACAUCCACUUCAACCGCCACCACUUCUUCUGCAUCACCUACCGCCCAGUCUUCUUCCGAGACAUGGUCCACGGCGGAAGGUUCUAUUCGCCUCUUCUCCUCUACGCUCUGAUGGCCGUGACCUGUCGCUACUCGGAGCGCACCGAUCCCGAGGUCGGCGGGGGUGACCACGCGGAAAACUCGGGAGAGCGUUUCUACUCAAAGGCAGAGGAACUGCUCAGGGACGAGGUCGGCAAGUCGAGCGUCCCGACCGCAACGGCUCUUCUCGUCAUGGGCAAUGCUUUGAUGUCGGCUGGGCAGGUUGACCGAGGAUGGGACUACACUGGACGAGGUAUCAGGAUGAUCACGCAGCUGGGUCUGUACGUCGAGGCCGAUCGCAUCACCGCCGACACCCCGCUCGAGACGCUUGAAGAGAUCGAGGUAUCCCGACGGUUAUUCUGGGGAGCUUUCGUGUCGGAAAAGCUGCAAAGCCUCUACCUCGGGCGGCCCAUAUUCAUGCAUGGCCGAGACUGCCACGUGCCCAAGAAGUUUAUGGAUGUCUAUGAAGAGGAUGAGAUCUGGCGUCCCUUCCUCGUCAUGCCCGGAGCCCCUCCGCUACCCCAUAUGACGACGAAUGGAGUCACCAACUUUGUUCACCACUGCGUUCUCAGCGAGAUCUGUGAGGAUAUUAUGAGUUCCUUCUACCAGGUACACGCCAAGAGAACACCCCGGCACGAGCUCCGGCUUGUGCUGGACCGUAUUAGGGGGCGGCUCCGCGGGUGGAACCAAGACCUGCCGGACAAACUGAAAUUCACACCAUGGGAUGAGAGGCAGACUGGGCUGGUUGGUUUGGUUCCUAUGCACACCAUGGUGUUGCACACGAUAUACCUAUCCUUGGUGAUCCUAUCCGAACGGCCGUUCGUCGCAAACGGCCAUCUCAAGGGUAAUGACCAUGAUGGCAGCUGGCACGACUGCACGGUGGCCGCAGAGAGAAUCGCAUGCCUGCUCUCUGUGUACCGCUACGCGUACUCGUUCCGCCGGGUGCCGUACCAGCUCUGCUACGCCACCUAUGUCGCCAGCACAAUCUUGGUUAGAAACGCCACCGGCCCUGGCACAUCGGGUGCACACGCGCCCUCGAUGGAAUAUCUCGGCGUCUGCCUGUUGGGGUUUCGGGAGAUGAAGCUAGCGCAUCCCGGGACUCAAUGCAUGGAGGACCGGAUCCAGAAGCUGAUGGAUAGAUUAAACAUUAAUUCUGUUGCCUGGCUGCAACACCAACCCCAUCCCUUCCUGCGGGCCUCGGUCGCAUUACCUGUCGCGCUGCCCAGCCAGGCUCAGGAAUACGACGAGGCGACCCAAGCAGUCGGCGAGCUGAGCCACCCUUCGCUGCCCUUUGCGGCAGGCCCCUCUUACACGCCAGGCCUCUCGUCGUCGAUGCCGCCGGUCCUGCCGCAGAACGGAGACUACAGCCUGAUGAGCCCCCAUAUGGCGGGGGGACCACCGGGCGCGUAUCUCGUCCCCCAGCCGCCGAUGGUGGGCAGCAGCGCGUUUGCGACCGACUCGUUUUACUACAUGCCCAUGCAAGGCAUCAACGAUGAUACGCUGUACGGCCCGCUGAGGGGCAACUGGGGCUGA